CUGUGGUGCGCACGCGCCGAAAGGCCCCCAGCCAAGAGCUCACGCGGGCUUCUUGCUGGCCUUUAAGAUCAGGUUUGGUGAGCUGGGAUACUCCCAUAAGAAAAACCAAUUUUUCGUCUAUUUCAUGUCUGCUUUUCGCCCCUGCUAGCGUGAUCGCCGUAUCCGGAUCAGACACAGCCUUCGGGUUUUUGCCUCUGCAGCCAAGGCUUCCGCCCGGGUCCAAGAUGGCGUCCGGGCGUCCUUCUUAACUUCCACCUGCCUUGGUGGCGUCUGACGUCGGAGCUGGUAGUGGGUGGGGCGGUUAACAACCCGCAAAUGUAGGGUCCUCUGAGCGGGAGUCAGCCAUGGACUGGAAAGACGUGCUCCGCCGGCGCCUGGCGUCGCCCAACAAGGAUCCGAAGAGGAAAAAAAGUGAACAAGAAUUAAAAGAUGAAGAAAUGGAUUUAUUUACCAAGUACUACUCAGAAUGGAAAGGAGGUAGAAAAAACACAAAUGAAUUCUAUAAGACCAUUCCCCGGUUUUAUUACAGGUUGCCUGCGGAAGAUGAAGUCUUACUACAGAAAUUAAGAGAGGAAUCUAGAGCUGUCUUUCUACAGAGGAAAAGCAGAGAACUCUUAGAUAAUGAAGAAUUACAGAACUUAUGGUUUUUGCUGGAUAAACACCAGAUACCACCUAUGAUUGGAGAGGAAGCAAUGAUCAAUUAUGAAAAUUUUUUGAAGGUUGGAGAAAAGGCUGGACCAAAGUGCAAGCAAUUUUUUACUGCAAAAGUCUUUGCCAAACUCCUGCAUACAGAUUCCUAUGGGAGGAUUUCCAUCAUGCAGUUCUUUAACUACGUCAUGCGAAAAGUUUGGCUGCAUCAAACAAGAAUAGGACUCAGCUUAUAUGAUGUUGCUGGACAAGGGUACCUUCGGGAAUCAGACUUAGAAAACUACAUACUGGAACUUAUCCCCACUUUGCCACAAUUAGAUGGGUUGGAAAAAUCCUUUUACUCUUUUUAUGUUUGCACAGCAGUUAGGAAGUUCUUCUUCUUUUUGGAUCCUCUAAGAACAGGGAAAAUCAAAAUUCAAGAUAUUUUAGCAUGCAGCUUCCUAGAUGAUUUACUGGAGCUAAGGGAUGAGGAACUGUCCAAAGAGAGUCAAGAAACAAAUUGGUUUUCUGCUCCUUCCGCCCUGAGGGUCUAUGGUCAGUAUUUGAAUCUUGAUAAAGAUCACAAUGGCAUGCUCAGUAAAGAAGAACUCUCCCGUUACGGAACGGCAACCAUGACCAAUGUCUUCUUAGACCGUGUUUUCCAGGAGUGUCUCACUUACGAUGGAGAAAUGGACUAUAAGACCUACCUGGACUUUGUUCUUGCCUUAGAAAACAGAAAGGAGCCUGCAGCUCUGCAGUAUAUUUUCAAACUGCUGGACAUUGAGAACAAGGGAUAUCUGAAUGUCUUUUCCCUCAAUUAUUUCUUUAGGGCCAUACAAGAACUAAUGAAAAUCCAUGGACAGGAUCCUGUUUCAUUUCAAGAUGUCAAGGAUGAAAUCUUUGACAUGGUAAAACCACAGGAUCCUCUGAAAAUCUCGCUUCAGGAUUUAAUCAACAGUAAUCAAGGAGACACAGUCACUACCAUUCUAAUUGAUCUGAAUGGCUUCUGGACUUACGAGAACAGAGAAGCCCUUGUUGCAAAUGACAAUGAGAACUCUGCAGAUCUCGAUGACACAUGAGCUCUGGAAGACAGGACCACCUUCCUAAAGAUGCCUGAAUGCUGCAUGCAAAACCUUUGCCGCAGAAUCCUUAGAAACAUUCUAAAUAAAACUCAUCACAUGCCUGUA